UACUGAGGUUUUGAUGAAUAUGAUACAUCAUAUCAUUUGCGUUAUUUUCAUUGUAUGAUAAUGAAUUAAAGUCUGCCUUCUUAAAGUGACCAGUGCUUAUGCUACAUGGUAUCCCAUAUCACAGUCAUGAAAAGCAUGUGUAGACAGCACUUAAUGAAAUUGGUAUCCGCAUCAGUAACCCUAGAUUAAUGUCAUAAAGGCAUGAGUUUAUACCAGUUACGCGUACUUGACAUGUAUCUGAAAUUGGCACCACACAUGUAUUAUUGUUACGGAUACCUUAUUAGACCACACUUUUUACAGACAGACACAUUAGAUUAUUUCUAAUUCCAAACUGUGGUGAAAAUACCCCGGGAAAUACCCAGCCCUUCCUUCCUCUGUAUUGAAAUAAUACAUCUGUCUCAAAUACUUUUCAAGACACAUAAUUACUUACCACCAAACAACCGACGUCGGUAUGACGUGAAUGCUGGUGAUGACGUGGCCGACCAAAAUACCACGUCAAGGCAACGUGGAAACUGUAUAUAAAUUGCUGUAAUAGAUAUGUGCAUGGUGGUGAUCAUAGUUCUCAAAACUAAGUAUUUGCUGAGCUUGAACUUCAUGCCCGCAUAUGUUCGUACACACAGCGCAUCAAGUCAAUCGUAGAGGGGAAAUGUGUUCAGCCAUGCUUAAUAGAAAAGGGUGGAUAAAAAUAAAACAUGUUAUUAAAUACUUUCACGUAAUGAAUGGUCGUAAUUGCGGCUAGGCCCAAACUUCUGGUAUUGAGGUCAAACCCCACCAAAAUUCUAUGUCAAACCCAAGGCGAGGCUGGGUUAUUUUAGCAGACCGCUUCAAGAAACAACUUACUAGUAAUUACGCAUAUAUUAUAAAACCAGAUUUCAAACCAUUCUAAUAAAGGAGAGUGAUUAUACAUAUCGUUCAUAGGUAGGGGUAAGAACUCAUAAUCACUAUCAUGUUAAAGAAAUAAGAUAUUAUAUAUACAGUGUCAAUAAAAACUCUCCUUCAACAUAUAAUCACUUUCAUAUUAUUGAUUUAACAACAUUUACGAAAGCCUUGUCGUCCAGCUAUGGAAACCAAAUUUUUGGUUGAUUCAAAUUAUUACCACCAUAAAUAUUCUGUAUUAGAAUAGCUCGGUACUUAGGUUUCCACAGAAGUCAGCGACCCUUAAAACAUAGAUGAUUUUGAGGUUUGUUAUUUUGGGUAUUUCAUCACCAUUGUUAUUGCAACAAUGCCUGGUUCUCUUUUGCGUAUUUACAAAUAUAUAACAAAUAUCUUGCUUUGAAAUUAUCGAGAAAAUUCGCUGCAACAACUGUUGAAUGCAUUAUUUCAGCCUAACUUGAACAUAUAAAGAAUGUCCGAUUUUGAAGUUCCAAUGGUUUGCCGCUACAAAGGCCGUACAAAAACGAUUGUAUUGCAUAAAUAAUGACUCUUUGGUUAGCGUAGUGGUAAGCACACUCGUGCCUCUCCAAGCUGGCCCGGUUACCUUUGAUUUCGGUUUGUGGUUACCAGGCCGGAUGUGUAGAUAUAUUUCUCCGAACAAGUAGGUUUCCAAUGCAUCAAGAUAGCCAGUAUAGUGUAAAAUCAUGCCAACGCGAGUGAACUCAAUCAAUAGUUCUUGUUAUUUUCUUACUGCUAAUCCUAAACAAUAUAAAUGGCCCCUGAUCUUCGUUAAAAUGUAGAUUUUAAAAUUCUUCAUGGAGAAAAAUGAUCCACGAAAGAGUUGAAAUAAUACUGCGUUAUGCUGAAGGCGGAAACUUAAACUAUUUAUCAUCCUCUAUUAUUAUGAAAGUAUAUUAAGUCAAUACACUAGUAUGGUAUUAAGGCAAAUCAUAUGUUGCAGACCACUGUGUAUAAAUGGGUUGAAUUUCACCAGGUCAUUUACAUUUGGAUCGUUAAGGAAGGACUUCACAUCUCACAUUCUUCAAACAAAGGAUAAAUAUAAUCAUAUAGAUUCAGCUGUGUACUCGUGUAUGGGCAGCUGCGUGCCUGGUUGGCUCGAACUCGCUUGGCACUAUUUCCCUGUUGGCUCGAAAUUGGAUGUAUAUGACUCCUUUCUCUUGAGCUGAAGAAAAUGUGCGAAGUCUGGGAGGAUUCUCGGGCAUGGUCUCUAAGAGUGUCCCGGGCCCUAGAUGACAUUGGGGUCUCCAGACGCAUGGUCGCCAGGAGGAGGAGGGCGUGGCUGAGGAAUGAGGCAGUCCAAACAGUUUUGGCUAAUUUACAGGGUUUAUUUAUGACAACGUAUUAUUUUGGAAGUCAGAGCGAAGGAACUACUACUCUAGGAAUGAUCUCUGAUGUUGAUGUAUUAAACAGUAGAACAAGUUUUCCAGCACUGUUAGACUGGAGAGAUUGGCAAUAUAGAAAAAUUAAUUUGCUUGUCAAAAAGACUGAGGAGUCCCCGCCUCAACACUGUAACCUCCAGAUACGGGGGGAUGCCAGGCUUCUGCAAAUGUCAUACAUUUUGGGUAUUUGUGAUGAGAUUGAUGGUGAAGGCAAUGUGUUCGUGCGAAACGAUGAAGGUGAUAACAUACUCCAAAACCUAGCUGGAAUGAAACUGAUAUCACAUGGACCAUCGAGAAGUUUUGGUGACGAUGUUGACAUGGUUAGUGCAUUUCCGUGUGCUAGGUUACCAGCAGAGUGUCAGUUCCUCUUUUACAGACCCCGCCCUGGACAUUGGCCCACAUCUGACAUGUUGGUACAGGCAAGUCAGUUUCCUGUAUUUCUUGUCAAGCAAGGAUAUCCGAACAGUCCUUAUCAUCAGCGGUUACUGGAAUGGAGAUUUUCUACAUCUCUCAUGGAACGGGUACUUGUAUUUAGUUUCGAUAUAAAUCAAGUCAAAGUGUAUGUGUUGUUAAAAAUGAUAAGAAAAUCAUUUCUAAAACAGUUUGUAGGAGACAAUCUCAGCACAUUUCACCUUAAGACAGCCAUGAUGUUCACCAUAGAGAGCUAUCCGCCAAACAUUUGGAGGGAGGAAAACAUUGUUCAGUGUGCCCUCUACUGCCUGACCACACUGUUCAGGUGGCUAAAGCUAGGCUACUGUCCACACUUCACUAUCUCGGGAGUGAACCUGUUUGUUGGGAAAUUGGGAAGACCUGAACUACACACCCUGCUGUCAGUUGUUGCUGACAUCAUGUGUGAAAACCUCAGUUGUCUAACCUUGAUACAAAUGGAUGAAUUAGGGACCAGAUUGCAGCCGGUUACACGAGCAUUUCCAUGUAAAUCACGUUAUCAGAUAAACAUGAAGAUAUGUGGACAUAUGUGUAAUCACUCUUGGUCUUCGUUUAUGUUUUUUGAACAAUUAAAUCCAAACAAAAACAUCACAUUGAACACUCUUUGCAAAUAUUUUAUUCAACUCAACAUUCUUAACGACAUACUCUGUGAACCGAGCUUUGAGAAAGAAGCAUCAACAAUUAUAUUACGGUUUGUUGCAAACAAGUUAGCAUCUGCCCUGGCCUCUGAGAAGUUACGCCUAAACCAACCAAUCACAGGUGAUAUAAUGCAGCUUUACUCUCUAUCCUUUGAUUCUGACCUGCUGUCCAGCAGACUAAAGUUUGCCUCUAUGUUGUACUGCAGCGGGCAGUAUGAGGCAGCAGCUGCAAUGCUAAGUUACUGUGAGGGAUUGCUAGGGCAACAUGUGUGGCAGCGCUGUAAAUGUGGCAGAGAACACAAAACUAGUCAGGCUUUUAUGGAAAAAUGUCUUGAAACUGAAAAUGGUCUUGAAUUUCAUGAAAAAUCAGUUGCAUGUUGUAUAACAUUCUCAAAACUGGAAGCAUGGGUUGUGCCUGACCACCUUCUGUAUGAAAUGUACAGAACGAUAACACCCGAAGAUGCUCUUAUAAUGGAUGUUUUAGAACGGACAUGGAUGAAAUACGUGGUAAUUGACUGCAUACCAUUUCUCUACUACCUUCAAUAUCUCACUUACAGACAACUCGACCAGCCUGUCAGAAAAUACACAACACUACAAAACCUAGAGAACUACCUCUGUAAACCUGGAGGUGUGAGUGGUCAUGUUGAGACAGUUUGUAAUGUUCUUGGACAUUGUUAUGAGCUUGAAAACAGGCCGGAUAUGUUCUGGCAAUAUUACAGUCAUCCUCUACGUAUCCAUCCCAGAAACAAUUCUGCCAACUGGCAUGUGAUGAGAUUGCUAAACCAACAAGCGAGGCAAUGA